CAUUAACCAAGCUGUUCCUUGCCUUCCUCGUUCAUCGCGAAGGAAACGCAUGAUCCAAGUGAAAUAGUAUAGUAAAAAUAGUAAUGUCACGUCUAAAUACAUAUCGCUGCAUUAACUCGCAUGAAUCGUUCCUCAGACCCCACCUCCAAUCCCACCUCGCCAAUAUAAGUGCCAUCAAAACCAGCUCAAGCUCAUUCUCAUCAACUCCUCCUCCUCCUCCUCCUCCCAAAAGAAGCAGAAGACCAAACCAUGAAGCUCCUCUUCGCAUUGUUGCUGUGCUCUCUUCUCCUGACCUCCAUCUUCAUGGAGCCUGCCCUCGCCGCCCCAAGGUUCUGCGAGAGCAAGUGCAGGGCGAGGUGUGCGAAGGCGAAGGUGAAGGCGAGGUGCGCGAAGUUCUGCAACAUCUGCUGCGCCGAGUGCAAGUGCGUGCCCUCCGGCACUUACGGCAACAAGCACCAGUGUCCUUGUUACAAAAAAAUGAAGAACUCCAAGGGCAAGCCCAAGUGCCCUUGAGACUUAGUAAUUCUUAAGGGCAGCUCCUCUUGUCCUCUUCUGUACAAAGACACCUUAGCCAGCUAGCUACCCAGUAGUAUUAUGUGGGACUCUCUGUGAUGUUGCUCAAUAAUAUCGAGAAUAAGAAGGGCCGUGUACUGUCCUUGGUCAUUGUACUGUACUGUUGUAGUCACCUCUGUGACUGAGUAUUUGUGAAAGUUUAAUAGCAGUUUAAUUA